AUGGCAAACCUUUUGACUUUCGAACAUGGGUCGGCAUUAUCAGAUGAUGGUUCACGUGUAUUCGUUGAUUCUCAGGAAGAGAAGUUGAUCGAAAAUAUCGAUGUUCAGAAGAACAUAAAAAUUUUUAAAAAUAUUUCUUCAUUCAGAAAUUGGCGACGGAAAGUAGGUUCUGAAGGAAAAUUCGUUGGGUUUGUUCCGACCAUGGGAUGCUUACACGAAGGACACUUGAGCCUAGUGAAGCAAGCCAGUCAACAUUGUCAGGCCGUCGUCGUUUCCAUAUUUGUAAAUCCCUCGCAAUUUGCACCUCAUGAAGAUCUCGAAAAGUAUCCUCGUACAUUGUCAGAUGAUCUUGUUAAAUUAGCUUCCGUUGGCUGUGUCGAUGCUGUGCUUAAUCCAGAAGUAAAUGAAAUUUAUCCGGCAGGAAUUCCACUGGAUGUUGAAAAACAACAAGGAACUUUUGUGGAGGUAAAAAGCAAAUCCCACCAGAUGGAAGGUCAAACACGUCCAACAUUCUUUCGUGGCGUUGCGACGGUGGUUACGAAACUAUUCAACAUUGUUCAACCCGAUCAUGUAUUCUUUGGUCAGAAAGACAUUCAACAGUGCAUAGUUAUUAAAAAUUUGAUUAGAGACUUGCACUUUCCAAUAGAAAUGCAUGUUGGAACUACCGUAAGAGAGAAAGAUGGGUUAGCUAUGAGUUCCCGUAAUAAAUAUCUUACGCCUGAAAUGCGGAAAGUUGCUAUUACUUUAUAUGAAAGUUUAAAUGAGACAAAAAAAACUUUCGAAAAUAAAAUAAGAGAUCGUCAGAGCCUUCUCAGUCCUGCUUAUGAACUUGUUGAUCGUGUCACCAAAGAUGUAGAAAGUCAGAAACUUGGUUUUUCUGUAAAAUUGGAUUACUUCUCAUUGGCAGACCCUGACACACUGCAAGAGCUUGACAAAAUUGAUGAAAAGGGAGCUAUAUUAUCAGGCGCACUAUACGUUGGGACAACGAGAAUUAUAGAUAAUAUACUACUUGGUUUAAAUCUGAAACACAUUGAAGAAUAA